GUCGUGGCGCUCGCAGACACAAGACGCAGUUCCGAAUCGAUCCCGCACAGCUCGUGGAAAUUCACUUAAAUACUCAAAAAUAAAUAUACCCGAAAAAACGAGAAAAACUCAACAAAAAGUGCUCGCCCGAAAACGGAAGCAAACUAGCCAGCUAGCUGAAAAACAAACAUAUCGGAAUUCGUGCAAAUUGACAUCGGUGACACUUUCCUUUGGUGUGGAUUUGAUUGAAGAAGCAACAGCAAUACUAACAACAUGGCCAAGGAUCUGAGCACUCUGGGCUGGGAUUAUCUGAUGUUUGUGCUGUUUAUAGCAAUCACAGUCCUGGGACCGCUAUGGAAACGCAUUUUUGGCAAGAAAAAGGAGCGCAGCAAGGCCGAUUAUGUAUUUGCCACCGGCGGAGUUUCGAUUGUGGCCGUAAUGAUAUCCAUAGCCCGAGGCACUCUGGGAGUGCGAUCAGUUCUGGGCUAUCCCAGUGAAUUGUACUAUCGUGGCUCUGCCAUGUGGGAGAUCAUCUAUGGCAUGAUGAGUGCCUAUCCCAUAGUCUGCUUCAUGUUUGUCCCUGUUUACUUUAACCUGGGCAUCACCUCUGUCUAUCAAUACAUCGAUCUAAGGUUCAAGAGCCGCACCGUGAGAUGCCUGGCCUCGGCAACAUAUAUUGUUCGGCAAAUCUGCAACCUGGGCAUCACCGUUUACACGCCCAGCGUGGCCCUGUCAACGGUGAUUGGCAUACCCUACUGGGCCUCCAUCUCGGGCAUGGCCAUCAUUUGCAUAUUCUUCACCAUUAUGGGCGGCCUGAAGGCAGCCAUCAAUGCGGAUGUCAUCCAGACGCUGACCAUUCUCGUUGUCACCGUGGCCGUUUGCAUCCAGGGCACCAUUUCCACCGGCGGCGUAAAGAAGGUCUACCAGCUAAAUCGGGACAAUGGUCGUCUCAACUUCUGGAAUUUUACGGGCGACAUGACCGUCAGAGUGGAUACCACCUCGGCCUGGCUGGGACAGCUGUUUAUGUCCCUCUCCCAGAUUGGUUGCCAGCAGAACUUUAUGCAGCGCUAUGUCAGUCUCAAGUCGUUGAAGCAAGUGCGUCGUGUGAUGCUGACCAAUGUCCCUUUGGUCUUCUUCUUCUUCUCACUGUCCUGGAUCUCCGGCAUGGUCAUCUACUCCACGUACAUCAACUGUGAUCCGUAUGCCGAGGGCUACAUAAAGAAAACUGAUGAGAUUCUGCCCUUCUUUGUGGAGGAUCAGCUUGGCUUUCUGCCUGGAUUUGUGGGCAUUUUCAUGGCCACUUUGUUCAAUGGAGCCUUGUGCAUGAUGGUGUCCAAUUUGAACUCACUGGCAACUGUCGUGUGGGAGGAUUUCAUAUCGCAAUUCCCAAAAUUCAAGGGACUUACUGACAAACAGCAACUUAGAAUCCUCAAGGUGAUCACUGUGAUCUGUGGAUUGAUUAUCAUGUGCGUGGCCUUUGGCGUGGGUUUGCUAGCGGGUGUAAUUGAAUCCUCGCUGUUAGUGUUUUCGGCCACAUCGGGUCCUCUGCUGGGUUGUUUUAUAUUGGCAAUGAUGGUGCCAAUUGCCAAUUGGAAGGGUACAUCAGCUGGAAUGGUUACUGCUUGCGCCUUUGUGCUGUGGAUCAUUGGCGGCGGCAUGACCGUUGAGAAGUCGAAUCCUAUGCUGCCCACCACAACGGAGGGAUGCUCUAAUCACAGCUUCUCCCAGUCCAUUGCCAAGCCCAUUAUUGAGCCCGGUCAAAUGCCCUGGCUGCUUACUCACACUCCCCUCGAUGGCUACAAUCAGAGCUUUGUGGCCACACCGCCCACCAUAGCACCUGAGAGAUCCGGCCUGGAGAGCUUUUACUCGAUCAGCUUUAUGUACUACAGCUUGAUAGGCACCGCCCUCACCGUGAUCAUUGGCACAGUGAUCAGUCUGCUGACACAGCAUCCCGAUGACGCCUAUGACGGCAAGUUGCUGCAUCCCCUAAUCUUCCGUCUGUGCGAGCGCUUUUCCGGACGAAAGCCAUACUAUGUCAAACACGAAGAGGAGUCUGGCCUGAACGGACGCAGCAGCAGUGACUCCUCAGCCACGACGACGACCUGCAAGGAGGAGAAGGUCAAUCAUGGCUACGAGUCCUCACCGGAGGAAAAGGAGAAGAGCAAUCCCAUUGCAGUGGUGUUCACCACCUCCGAGGGAACAGCCGCCGCCAAUGGAGUAGCGGCGGACCAGCAGUCCAUCUGCGACAGCAGUAGGAUACAGCUGGACAUUGUUCCGGGGGCGGGCGAGACGGGCGUGUAUCGCCAACUUGCCGGGAGAUCUGCGCUCUGAGGGCUAACCUAUGGCUGGUUAGCCCCGACUUAGUCCAUAGUUAGUAAGCUAAGCUCUAGACUAGACAAAUUAGUUAGCAAAGUGUUUCAAGUCUAUAAAGAUGCUGUGAUUUCCGUGCGCGACUGUUGUUGAGCAAUGUUCGCGCAUUUGUAGCAACUCGUUCGCAUGUACUUACCGCGUGCAAUAAAUAAAGACAAAUAAAACGUAA